GAUACGCAAGAGAGAGGAAAGGAUUGGGGCAACGAGUUCGCUGGUGAACGAGCGCCCACUUUGCUCUCAAACCGCGGAUCAACACUGGACACCAAGAAACUUUGCGACGUAUGACGACUUGUGACUUGACAGUUGUUUGACCGGAAUAAGUUUGCGGUUUAAAGGAUUAUUUUGUGUUUGAAAUUUGGAUAAUCCCCCCGGCAGGGACUAACAAAUCAUAAUGCCUUGUGAAAUGAUUACUUUGCAACUCGGCCAAUGUGGCAAUCAGAUUGGAUUCGAGUUUUGGAAAAAGUUGUGCGCUGAGCAUGGAAUAAAUCCGGAAGGAACGUUAGAAUCAUACGCACGAGAGGGUGUGGAUCGUAAAGACGUGUUUUUCUACCAAGCUGAUGACGAGCAUUACAUUCCCAGAGCAGUUUUACUGGACUUGGAGCCCCGUGUAAUAAAUACCAUUUUGCAGUCACCGUAUUCCAAGUUGUAUAACCCAGAAAAUGUAUAUCUGUCUCAAGACGGAGGCGGUGCCGGUAACAACUGGGCAGCUGGAUAUGGAAGAGGUCACAAUCUCAAUGAGGAAAUCUUUGACAUCAUAGACCGUGAAGCUGAAGGGAGUGACAGUCUUGAAGGUUUCGUAUUAUGUCAUUCCAUUGCUGGAGGUACAGGAUCUGGUAUGGGCUCCUACUUUCUUGAAAAAAUCGCUGACCGCUUUCCAAAAAAGUUGGUGCAAACAUAUAGCGUCUUCCCCAACCAAGAUGAAAUCAGCGAUGUCGUCGUGCAACCAUACAACUCACUGCUCACCCUCAAACGUUUGACUCAAAGUGCAGAUUGCGUCGUAGUGUUAGAUAACACUGCCCUCAACAGAAUUGCCACAGAUCGUCUUCAUAUUGAAAAUCCAUCCUUUACUCAGAUCAACUCUCUCGUCUCGACGAUAAUGUCCGUCAGCACGGCCACUUUAAGAUACCCGUCCUACAUGAACAAUGACUUGAUUGGUCUGAUAUCUCCGUUAAUUCCGACUCCACGUCUUCACUUCCUCAUGACUGGGUACACCCCUCUCACAUCAGAACAGGAGGGGACGUCCAUUAGAAAAACUACAGUACUGGAUGUGAUGCGGCGACUCCUCCAACCAAAAAACAUGAUGGUCUCUACAGCCCACGAUCGUAGUGCACAUCAUAAAUAUAUUUCAAUUCUUAACAUUAUUCAGGGAGAAGUUGAUCCGGGUCAAGUUCACAAAUCGCUUCAACGGAUUCGUGAGCGAAAAUUAGCAAACUUUAUUUCAUGGAGUCCAGCCAGUAUUCAAGUCGCAUUAUCCAGAAAAUCGCCCUACAUUCAAACUGCACAUCGAGUUUCCGGACUUAUGUUGGCGAAUCAUACCAACAUUUCCUCACUUUUCAAAGGUGUUUUGAAACAGUAUGACAAACUCCGAAAGAGAGAGGCUUUCUUGGACCAAUUUAGGAAGGAAGACAUAUUUUCUGAGAAUUUGAAUGAGUUGGACGACUCUCGGAACGUUGUGCAAGAUCUUGUCGACGAGUAUGAAGCUGCAGCCAAACCGGACUAUCUUCAGUGGGGACUUAACAAACUCGUCAACGCUUAAUUUCUUGAAACGCUUUAAAAAGUUACAAGUUUACGCUUCAGUUGUGUUCCUUAUUAUUAUUUGCUCUUUGUACUUUUUGUACUUAAAUCUACAUAGUUCCGCUCAAUAUUGUUUCGUUAAUUAUUGUGCCAUUAAGUUUGCUCGGUUUAAUGCAUUGGUGUAAAAACUAUAGGCCCCAAAAACUAUAAAAUUCACAAAGUAAUUUACUAAAAGAUUAUAAUAUCCUUGCUAAA